CUCUCCAAUGCAAGAACCCUUUGUCUACAAUUUUAUUGCAUCCUUAAUUAUUCAAGACAGGGGAAAGAAUGGUAGUAUCGCGGGACUCGAAUGGCACACUGCUUCGACCAUCCACACACUCUCGGCUUAAACCCAUUUUUCAUCGCAAAUAUUGUCAGGAGGGAAACGGAGGGAGAAUGAAACUCACCAAGAGGAAACUCGUGCCGGUUCUUGCUUUCAUCUUAUGCACGGCGUCCGCGUUUAGGUUUCUCAAUAUUAGUAUGGUCACGACUUCAUCUUCGCGCCUUCCUUGGAUUGUUUUACGUGAAUGUUCUUCCACGUCGCCGCUUUGCAUUAAAAACAUCUCUCGGCCGCAUGAAAAUAAAAAAGAAGUGAAAGCUCCGUGUCGAGGUAGCAUUAUGUCGAAGAACGAAAGAAUUUUAACUAGGAAGGAAAUUCAGUUUCUUUUCGACUUUAUCUCCACCCGACUUCCUUGCAAUCUUCUUAUUUUUGGAAGCGAACGUGAGUAUUCGAGUAUAGCGCACUUAAACGCCGGUGGUGUUACUAUUUUUCUCGAUGAGAAUCAUCAUGUUGGGAACAAGACUGUGCUCGCCAUCAAUGCACGUGUUUUUAGAGUCACCUACAAUACGGUGGCCUCGGAAGCUUACCAAUUGCUUAAAGUUGCGAGGGAAAACCUCGAUUGUGUGCCCAAGAUUCGCCUUCCCAAAUGCAUAUUGGGAUUGUCGAACCUCCCGGAGAAAGUGUACGAUACUAAGUGGGAUGUGGUUGUGGUUGACGGGCCGAGAGGGGACACUCCCGACUCCCCGGGUAGAAUGGCGUCGAUCUACACGGCGGGCGUGAUGGCAAGAAGAGGAAACACGACGGAUGUUUUCGUACACGACGCCGAUCGAAUGGUCGAAAAGUGGUUCUCGAGGGAGUUUCUCUGUGAGGAGAAUUUGGUCUCUUCCAAGGGAAGGUUUCAGCAUUUUCGAAUACAAGGAGCACCAAAUGCUACCAAGUUUUGCACAUCAUAGAGGUUAGGGGUUGAAUUGGGGAGUUCACUUCUACAUAACACAUUUUGUUUUAUUUUUGUGAAUAGAUGGUAUUUUUCAGGCCUAUUCAAUGUUUGAUAAUAUAGCGACGUUGUAAUUGUAGAGCAACUUUAUAGUCACUUUUCUGAUUAUUUUUAUUAUUAUUUUCUCAAUUUUCAUUAUAA